CAGAAUUAAUUGACGCCAAUUUUUUGUUGGACUACAAUUGAACAAAACUUAAAUGUAUCGUAGCACGAACAAUAAUGGAGGAUGGCUAAUCGUCUUCCGUUUAUCACAUAUCCCAACAUUUUAAUACAGUUAAAAUCCCGCGGUUACAAAGUAGAGUACAACAUUAUCUAGUCUGCACGAUAUGGUGAGGACUGGCCCUUUUUACGACACUUCAUUGCCAGUUUUAUAUAAUCGUACCUAAGCUUUUCAGUAGCUUCACUUUUAUUUUUUAUUUUUUUAGGCUCUUUUGAUUAAAAAAUAAUAGAAUUUUUUUUGACGACUCUAUGAAAAAUACACCUGUAACUGCAAUUAGCAAACUAAUUACGUAAUAUUACCAAAUUAAAAUAAUAAUAAAUAUUACUUUAAAAAAAACUCAGAAUCUUAAACCUUUUAACAACCGCUCACCAAACCAUAGGUUCCUUACCAAAAUUAUAUUUUUAAAUGGAAAGAUGUCCAUGCUCUAUUUACAGAAAUACAUAUUAAUUAACUUAAUUCGGAUACAAAUCACUAAAUAUCAAUAAAUUAUUUUGCAUGAGCUAUAUAUCGUCGAUAGCAAAAAAGGACUACUAGUAUUUAGAAUUGCAUUUCCAAUAAAACAUAAAAACAAAACUUACCUUUAACAAAUUGAAAAUAAUUUUCCCUUGCGCAGAAUAGAACUCCCUACUACCGGCAACCUUCGCACCACCCGCGCCUUAUCGGAUUGAAAUGAUAAAAAGGGGGAUGCGCGGCCCAAGUCGGCAGUGGCGGCUACAGCGGCUAUAAAUCCCCACCGUUCCAUCCUAUGUCCUUAGUUCAUUAGUCUUAAUAAGCCGGCCACAAAAAUGCGGGAAGCAUUUAUAUCAAUUCUCGCCCUGCUCGCAGUCGCCCCUUGUACGAAAAGCUCGGACAUCGGCAAAGACGGCUUUAAUUUCUAUAAAGAUUACUUGCGCGCAAGAUCGGACGACGUAAUGUCCGAAGGUCCUGUGUCGGCUGAGCGUAUGCUAUAUUUCUAUCGAACCCCUCUUCAGCUGUACCCCGGUCUACUGCCUGCAGUUGAACAGGAGUACAGGAAGAGAACUGGGAACGCCUUUAAAAACCACAUGCUGAGUAAGGAGCUGUGGGCAGGCGACUCGGUGGGCAAGCGCGGCACCAAAACUGCGAUAUCACUCAUCAUGCAAGGGAAACAUCCUUAUUACGCUACCGAGAGUCCGCAAAGAGACAACAGUAUGGAUCCCGUAGAAUAAAUAAAACAUAAAAUAUUGCAUGUUUCAGCUUAUUAUGUAAUUAGUCAAACAGUAUAAAAUGUAGUCCACGUUAUUUGUGACAUAAAUAUUA